AUGUUUUAAGCAGAAGAAAAAACUUUAUCAGAAUAAGUAUGUUUUAAAUACAAAUUAGCAAUUAAUUCUGCACCUAAUUCAUUAAAAUGAUUAUGAUACUCUAAAAGAAUUGGGAAUAAAUAAAGGUAUUAAUUAUUGAGUUUCAAAUAGCAAAUAUUAAUUUUUUGGAGUAAUUUAAUGAGAUUGAAGUAGAUUAGAAAAUAUCUCCUUUGAUUUGUGCAUGUUACUUAGGAAGACUUGAGAUUGUGAAACUCUUACUUUCGAAUUCACAAAUUGAUGUUGAUUUAGCGAGUAUGGAUUCAGGAUAAACUCCAUUAUCUAUUGCAGCAAUGACAGGAAAUUAUGAAAUUCUAAAAAUACUUCUUGAUGCUGGAGCUGAAGUGAAUAAACCUAAUACAUUUAAUUAAACUGCUUUUAUAAUGUGUUUUGCUCGAUUAGAAGAAGUACUUCUACAUUUUAUUUUAUAUUUAUAAAGGAAAAAAAUGUUUUUGAAAAUAGAAAAAUUUGUUUCAAAAUGGCUGAACUAUUGCUACAUUAUGGAGCUGAUAUUAAUUGGAUUGUUGAUAAAACUCAUGGGUUCAAUCUAUUAAUGUAAUUGUGUUCUAUCAAAAUGGAAUUAAAUCAAAAAGAGGCUGAAAUCAAUUAUCAAAUAAUUAAGUUUUUAAUUGAAAAUGGAGUAUUUCUUAUCUUACUAAUUUUUAGGCUUAAAAAGAUUUAUAAUCAUUAAAAGGUAAAAAAGCUGCAGAUUUACUUAAAAAGCAUUCCAACAAAGAAAAACUAAUGGAAUUGAUGAAUAAUACAUAAUAGUUAUUCUUUUAUGGAAAAUAAAAAAAUAGCAGUCGGUAUUCAAAUUCAUAAUAAUAACUUCUUAUAAGGAAUGUGCCAAGACAAUAAAAAGUCUGA